AUGCAUGCAUUGUCUUCAGUGUCACAUGCGGCGGAUGCAGUGACGACAUGUGGUGCUGAUGGGCCUUUGCACUUUCCUGGGCAGGCGCAGUGCGGUGAGGCAUGGCAGCGUGUACUCCUGGACAUGCCAGCUUCCUUGAUUCUUUCAGAUGAGACUUUGGCGAUGUACCUGGUCAUUCGUGGUGUACAGAUACACAUGAUUCGUGACACUGGUAUCCGUAUCUAUUUUGAGCAGUUUCAAGCGGGCCCGGAGCAUCAUCAUGCCAUCACUCGGCAGAUACUUGAGGAGCUUGAGGGUGCUGAUAUGUGGCACCAGCUUGCAUUCUUUCGUUUGAUGCUGGAUGGAGAUCAUAGGGAGGAUUUCUUUGAGAUGGCACAUACACUUAUUUUACAUCGCAUGCGAGAGGAUCCUCGGCCGUUCCACUUGCUUGUUCGCGAAAGUGAAUACUCAUUGGCCUGGUACGCUGCUCUGGCAUCUGAUGGGACCAGACUGCUCUCCACUGCCUCGGAUGUUGCUUCAGAAGUUGCUCCAACUGAGCAGGAUGUGGAUUCCGAUCUGUCUCAUGAUUCCUUCGACUCUUUUCUUUCUGACUCUGAGCUGCCUUUGCCUCAGGCUGAGCGUGAUGGCUGCCCAGUGCCUCAACCGCUACGAAGCGCUGCCGAGCCGCAGGGCCUCUCUACACUGAGUGGAGCCGACAAGGACCGUGUCCUCGCUGCCAACAAAUUGUACCGUGCCGUCGGGCGCGUUGUGGACCUCGCCCUGCAGCUUGGUAUCUUCGCUACUGUCGAGAACCCUCUCAACAGUUUGGCUUGGCUUUGUGACGGCCUUGAUCACCUCUGUCGCCGUGAAGACGCCUACCAGCUCAUCUUCGAUGCUUGCAUGCACGGCGGGGAUCGAGACAAAACAACAUUGUUCUGGUGCUCCGACGCACGCUUCCAGUCGUUGGCUCUACGCUGUUCUCGUGACCACAAGCACGCAUCUUGGAAGCCUCGUUUUUCGGAUGGACAUUGGCAAUUUCCCACUGCCCAGGAGGCCGCGCUUACCCAGCUUUGGCUUCUACUUCACAGCAACCAAGGGCCUGCGAGCAAGUCGCACUGCAGCGACAGCCAAAGUACGCUCGACCGCUGGUUUCCUGCUACCUACGACUGUUGGGCUGUACCUGUGCGUUCUACGGACGCUGCGGCACCUCUCUUGAAGUGCUACCCCAAGGGAGCACGUGUGACACAACGCAAACUAGUGCCAUGGGGAGCAGUCCGGGUUUGCGCUGUCUCAACAUAUGCUGGCUUUGAUCGACAGAGCUCUGCCGAGCUGCUAGGUGAGGCGGCCAGGAUCUCUCAACCCGAUUCUUCAGACUUCUCUUUGAUUGCAGGGGAAGAUGAAAACGAAGUGUACAAGGUGGUUGGCAUGGUGUGUGAUGACAACCCUUGUGCUACCCAGGCAGAAAUCCUUACCAUUGGUGUUCCACGCGAACCCGAGGACUUUGUAAAGGCUGCAGUUCGAGCGGGGCACCCUCGCAAUGCGAUACUUGUCAAUCGUCAAGGUCCUGCAAAGGAAAUCGCUGCCAACGUGGUUAUGCCAGCAGAGGAACGCAGGAGAAGAGCCGAUAAGGCCCGCGAUGCGUGGAAGAAGAUUGCCAAGGAGUCGGCUAGCCCCAACGACGCGCUUAUGAAACAAAAACCCACGUACCUGGCGAAGGCACUGGCCGGGAAAAACGUCAUUGCUUGGAGGCGCAUUCUUGAGAGAAAUGGUUUUCCUGAUAAGAUGCUUUGGGCUGACUUGCGUGAUGGUUUCCGCUUGACUGGAUGGAUGAGGGAGACUGGAAUCUUCAAGCCGCGCGUCAAGGCGCCGGAAUCUUCCCUUGAAAGCUUGUUGACGCAAUCGUCCUAUCGAUCUCCAAUGACUAUGAGCCGAAUAACAAACACGAAGCCAGACGACACGUCUCAGAAGGCGUGGGCUGAAACUCAAGAGGAGGCGCGCAAGGGCUGGAUCUUCGAGGACACAGACCCCGACUUCGACAACAUAGUUCUGGCGCAUCGGUUCGGACUGGAGCAGAAAAAACAAGGUGAGGGUGAUUGA